AUGGCGGGCCCGCGGGCCGCUGCGUCGGGCGGCGCCGGGCCAGGCCGUCCCGCGCUGGAGCUUCGGCCGCGGUGCCUCGGCGGGGGCCCGGGCCGUCCGCGGGCGGCCGCCGUUGCUGGGGGGGCGGACGGCCGCCGCGUGGUGCGGGCGCUGGUCUGGGCGUCGGUGGCGUUGCGGGCCUUUGGGCGGGAGGGUCUGCCCUUCGCAGAGGAGGAUGGCGGCACAUGUGUCAGCUUCCACAGGCCCGGCAGAACCCUCAUGUAUAAGGACACGGCGGUCUUUCCUGUCGGCAUCUCCAUCCCGUCGGAACUCGUUCAGGGCGGAGUGCCUGGGAAGGUGCGCACCACCGCUGGUUUCGUCGGCAGCAGGCUUGGCGGCGAGGCCGCGCAGUACAAAUUCGGCCCGACGGAGGAGGACCAGUACCAUGCCUUUUACGCCAGGCACCGUUUCGCUGUCACGCGCAAAAAGGGCGGAUGGGACUCCCUGAGGCACGCAGAGAUCUUGGCCGCAGGUUCGGUGCCGCUCUUUCAAGGCCUGGCCAGCGCCCCGCCGUUGGCCGUGCCGUUCGUCCCGCGCGCAAGGCUCCUCGAAGCCGAGCGGCAGCUGAUGCCGUACUCCAAGCGUCUGGAGGCGGUCUACAAUGCAACCGUGCGAGACCUGCUCGCACACACGAGGCGGUGCCUGACGGCCGAGUCCAUGGCGGCUGGCGUGCUCCGGACUUUGGGCGUCUGGCCCGCCGAGAAGCCGCUCAGGCUGCUCUUCGUGACGUGCGGCUGGGGCUUCACUGGGCAAGGCGACGGUUGGCAGGGUCCCGUGAGCAUCGGCUUGUUCCUGGGUCUUCAUAGUUUGCUCCGCAAACUUCCAGGCUCCCGCAUUGUCGACGCCCCCGCGCUGACGGCCAGCAACGAUAGCGAGCACCCGGGAGACUCGUGGGACUCGAGUGGCCGCAGGACCUCGAGCAUGGGGUCGCGGUCCGCCUUCUGGUACUGCUUCCAGCGGGCCGCCGGCUGCAGGCUCGAGGAGACCCACGCGAGGGAGUGGAUGUACGGCUUCGGCUUCUCCUACGCCCGCCGGCUGCCGCUGGAUGUGGCGGCCACGCGGGCGGAGCGAGCUCGAGUCCGCUGGGACAUCCGGCGCCACGCCUUCGACGCCAUCAUCUACGGCAAGGUCGGGCCCGCCCAGGGCUGCGACCCCCUGCCGUUCCUGGACGGCGCGCUGGAGGCCGGCUACCCGCCCCAGCGCAUCGCGCUCAUCUAUGGGGGCGAUUUCGGCCUGGCGGAGAAGACGGGGCGAGUCGCGGAGCACGCGCGCCUGCUCGGCCACGUCGGGAACGUGUUCUUCAGAGAGAUGGACCAGCCCGACCUGUCCCACUUCAAGUGGCUCCCGCGGUCGGUCUGGCCGCCGUCCUGCUACCUGGACCGCGAGUGGCGUGACUUCUUCAAGGUGUGGCAGUCGCGCCCUCCCGGGUGCCGGGGCUGCCCGGAUGUGGACGGCGCGAUCAUGAGCCUUUGGCCCUCCCUUCGGGAGAAGGUUGCCGUGAGCGUGAAUGCGGCUUUCGAAGACCACGGCCGGAGAAGGCGGGGAGGCGGCGUGUUCGAGGUGUGCUGGAGUGGCCUGGCGCUGCUAUCCUUCCCGUUGCUCGCGCGCGUCGGCGGCGGUGCGGCCGCCGCACUCCCUGCUGGCAGCGGUGAGGCCCCGAACCGGUGCCGCUUCGCCGCCAGGAGCCUGCGGAUGCUCGCGCGGCGCGCGGGCCCGCGCUGGCAGACGGCGCCGACGGGGCGCUCCCGGCGCCUGUCCUCCCAGUUUCGGGAGGCCUUCGGCGUCAGCAUGGAGGAGGUGGCGGCGCUCGUGUGCGGCGCCUGCCCGCGGGCCGCGGGGCACUGUGGCGUGCGGCUGGUUGUGAGUGACGCCAGCUCUGACGCUCACUUGUCGCCGGGGGGCAGAUGGUUUCGGCAUAAGUGCAAGGACGCAGCCGAGGAUGUGGAGAAGAAGGUUGGCUUCUUCGACGACCGCCAAGCGAGCUCGAAGCGGCAGAAGGACACGGCCUCCGCUUUUGUCCGGCGCUUGCAGGGCAUCACCGAGCUUAGCCACGACGGGCUCGAGGAGAAGCUGCUGGACAAGAUGCGCGCAGUGACAGGCAUCUUCGCGACCGGCGGCGACGACACCGACAACCUGGGAGCCGGCGACGUGUGCGCCUGGGUGCUGCAGGAGAUCGAGGCGGUGGAGGGCCCCGCGUGGGCGGGCCGCCCGAUGGAGGAGGAGAAGCGGAGACACCGGGAGGACAUCGAGAAGAAGCGGCUGGAGAUGGCGCUCCUGGGGAACCGGCGCCGGCCUGCGGGCUGGCCCCAGCGCUCGGGCCGCGGCCGCGAGCAUGCGGCUCUCGCGACGGCCUGGGCGCCCGGGGAGCCGCGGGCGCCCGUCCGGGGAGCGCAGGGCCCCGCGCGCGGCGCGGCCGUGCGGCCUGGCGGCGCGCCCCACGCUGAGAUCGGUGGCUCAAAGCUCGCGGGCUGCGGCUGCGGCUGCGCGCCGGCGGCCGAAGAGUCCCCCGCGCGGAGCCCGCAGGGCAGCGGCCCCGCGCCGGCGCCCGCGGGGGCCGAGGCUGUGCUGGUGGCCGGGCCAGCGCAGGCGGCCUGCCUCGGCGACUCCGACCUCAGCGACUCCGAGGAGCUCCCCGCGUCUGCCGCGGCGCCCGCAUCCCCCGUGUACAGCCUCGCCUCCGAGGAGGAGCGCUGCCCCGAGCCGCAGGUCGCCCUCCGGGCCUGGUCGAAGUGCGCCGCCUCGCGGCGUCGCGGUGCGGCGGCUCGGGCGCGGGCGCUCCAAGGUCCAGCCCUGCCCGGGUGCCCCCGAUCAGCGCUCGGAAGCGGCGGCGCGCAGGCGCAGGCGCUGGCCGCGGCGCCCGCGCCAACCUCGCGGGGACGUCGACGACGACUCGGCACCAGAGCCGGUCGAGGCCGAGCCGUCGCCCGAGUCGUGCGAAGAGGCUCUACACGAGCUGCGGGUGCUGCUCGCUUGCACGGGCGACGCGGGUGCGGCGCGCCUGGAGUCCAGCGGGGCCCGGCUGGCCCUGCCGUGCCUCGGCGGCUUCACCGGGAGUGUCCUGCACGUGCCGCGCGACGUGGCCCUCGUGCUGGCCGGGGGCGCCGAGCCCCGUGGCCGCCGGGUGCUGCACAGCGGGCGCCUGGAGGCGUUCGAGCCCGGGCGCGGCUGCCACCUGCGGAGGGACGGGGACGGCUGGAUGCUGGUGGUGAGCGGCCGGCCGUGUCAGGUCUGUUUCAACUUCGCCUCGAAGCGCUGGCAGCCCCUCUGCCUCUUCCUUCGGGGCGCCUGCGCCCCCGCGUCCGAGGUGCUGUACCUCGCCUUCGUGCCCGAGCGUGGCAGGGGCUCCCGGGCGGGCGGGCCGCGGCUCUUUGUGAAGCUGGGCUACCGCGAGCUGGCGGGGGCCCAGUGCAAUCUGCGAGGGGACGCGAGCGCCCUCGUGAAUUACAUAGAGAAGAAAAGCCCGCUCCUGAGGCUCACGAACGUGACGGGGGCAGGCUGCUUCGUGUUCCCGCCGCCCGCGGACCACGGGUGCUUCACGCGCCCCGGGCGUGCCGCGGAGGCGUGCCUCAAGGAUGAGCUCCUCAACACGCGGCACCUCUCGGUCACACCGAGCGGCCACCGCGGCGAGGUUGGCGUGUUCUCGGCCUCGCUGGAGUACUUCUUCGUGGAGGCCCCGCGCGGCUCUGGGGCCAGCGCGCUGGCCGCGCUCGCGCGGGUCCUGCGCGCGUUCUCGGGCGACCCCGGGCUGCUGCCGCAGCGCGCUCAGGCGACCUCCGGCGGGGGCGUCCGGCUGGGCAGGAAGCGCCUGCGCCCCUGGCCGGAGCCGCUGCCGCUGCCGCCGGACGCGCCGGGUGCGCCGCGGCCCACGGCGCGGGUGUCCGCGGCGCCCCGAGGCGACGGCUUGGAGACCGCGAGGUGCCAGAGCGCGCUCCGCAGCCGCCUGAAGCGUGGGCUCCUCAAGAGCUUCUUCCGGAGGCCGGCCAGCGGCCAGCGCCGCCCGCGUGGCUCGGCCCCUGGCGCGGCAGGGAGACGUCGAUCUUGUCCGUAGGAAGGCUAAUGCAUUGCAGCCGAGUGCGCUUGCUGCGGUGGCUCGCUUGCGCCGAGGGUACGAUGAUUCAGUCAUCGUGCCCUCGAUGGGGCGACACAUGUAGGGGUAGGGUGCACAUGUGGCUGCCCAGUCCAGUAAAGAACGGCACGUGGAUCUCGCGGGCAUUCUUCGCUAUCCUCCUCGCUACCCUCCUCUUCCUGCUCUGGC